UAAAUAGACCACCGCCGUCCCCUCAUUCCCUUUAUAUUAUUCCCUCCAACUCCUUCUCCCUCCAUUAAUGCCCCAAACCCUCCCACCAUCAAGAAAAAAAAAAUCUGCAGAGGAAAGAAAAAACGGUUUCAAUGGGGAGGAAGAUGACGAUCUCUUCACUGUUCAAAACUAGAGGUGGAGGCGGAUUACUUGCUGUUCCUCUGUGCUACAACGCGAAGACGACGUCGUUCCGAGUCGGUGACGACGUCAUCAAGACGGUGAACUCGGUAUUCUUCGACCAAAACGGCGACGUGUUGGAGGCAGAGACGCCCGAUUCUUGGUUUACGAACUCGUCCGAGUCGGCUAGUUACUCAACCGAGUCGGAUCAGGAUCUGGACGCCGAGUCGGUCGAGAUGGUUGUCCGCGGCGUGGUCAGAUCGGAGAGGUUGUUCUUCGAUCCUGGUGUCACGAGCUCGAUCCUGAAAGGGAAACAGGACAACGAUAAUAGCCAAUCGGAGGAGGAUAGGGAUUAUCCGCCAUUAGAGGGCAGCAGCGUGGCGGUGGAGAUGGAGUCGGAGGAUCCGUACGGAGAUUUCCGACGAUCGAUGGAGGAGAUGGUGAGGAGUCAGGAGGAAUUGGCGAAGGAUUGGGAGAGCUUGGAGGCGUUGCUCGCAUGGUACUUGAAGAUGAACGAGAAGAGGAGCCACGGCGUGAUCGUGAGCGCUUUCGCCGAUCUCCUCGUAAGCAUCUCCGGCGGAGGAACCACGUCGACGCCGGCGUCGGAAUCGACUCGUUACUCGACGGCUGUUUCGUCAUUGCCUUCUUCGCCGGUGUAUUCAUCUCGUGGUCAGAACGAGAUCGAAGAAGAAGAGAGACGGAGCUGUUAGUCUCACCAGUUUACUUCUUAAUUUAUUUUGAAUCCUGUAAAUUAAUUAAUUGAUGGGUUAGAGAAAUCAUAAAUAUAAAUAUAGUUAAUUGUCAGAUUAAAUUUGAUGAA